UUCUCUCCUUAACUUUUCAUAUCUGACAAAGCAAGAAACAAAGCAUAUAAGACUUCUCAUGAAAACCAUAUAAAGAGAUCAUUUUUCAUUAGCAAGAAUAUGUAUAAACAGUUGUGAGCUAGAGAAUUUUUUUCUAUAUUCAAUUCUCCAGAAACCAUGAUUUCCCUAAUUGAUGUCUACCAUGUUGUGGCAGCAACUGUUCCUUUGUAUGUUGCUAUGGGUUUAGCCUAUGUUUCUGUGAAAUGGUGGAAGCUUUUCACACCAGAACAAUGUUCUGGCAUAAACAAGUUUGUCGCGAAAUUCUCAAUCCCAUUGCUGUCAUUUCAAGUGAUUUCUGCCAAUAACCCCUACAAAAUGAACCUCAAGCUCAUUCUCUCGGAUGGUCUACAAAAGGCAAUUGUUUUCUUGGCACUGACAGCAAUCACUAAAUUCAGCUCCCAUGGUGGCUUGAAUUCCAUCAUCACAGGUCUUUCUCUCUCCACCUUGCCUAACACAUUGAUCCUUGGAAUUCCACUUUUGAAGGCCAUGUAUGGUGAAGAAGCAGGCGCGCUUGUUAGUCAGAUAGUUGUCUUACAAAGCUUAGUUUGGUACAAUCUGUUGCUGUUUCUGUUUGAGUUUGGAGCAGCAAAGGCAGCUUCUGUGACACCUUCAUCAGAAGCAACUGCAGAGGAGAUGGAGGCCCCUAAUGAAGCACAAUCGAAAGACGAAGCAGAGGAUGAAGAAAGACCCAGAAAUCCAAAGAAAAUGAAAUCUAUUCUAUUGACAGUUGGGAGGAAGCUUUUCGCCAACCCCAACACUCAUGCAACAAUGUUGAGUCUAAUUUGGGCUGGCAUACACUUCAGAUGGGGAGUGAAAAUGCCAGAAAUUGUUACGCAAUCAAUUUCGAUACUGGCAAAUGGAGGACUUGGUAUGGCAACAUUCAGCUUAGGCCUUUUCAUGGCGUCGCGGCCUAGUAUAAUAGCUUGCGGAACACGAAUGACAGCGGUAGCCAUGGGACUUAAGUUCAUUGCUGGACCUGCUGUAAUGGCACUGUCUUCCUUUGCAAUAGGACUAAGAGGCAGAGCUCUGAGAAUAGCAAUCGUGCAGGCAGCUCUUCCUCAAGGAAUUGUUCCUUUUGUUUUCGCCAAGGAAUAUAAUGUGCAUCCAGAAAUUCUAAGCACCGCAGUAAUUUUUGGCAUGCUCAUUGCUUUGCCUAUAGCAUUGGCCUACUACUUCCUACUGGGAUUAUAAAUCAAAUUGGGGUCUAACUGAUGAGGAUAUAAUAGAUUGAGGAAUGUCUGAUACUCAUUCAAAUUAACUAUAAGAAUUUAUUUGACAUGUAAUAUGAUGGUAAGUAUACUUCUACACAUGAAUGGAUGUGAUGAGAAGAUUAGAGUAAUGUAAAUUCACCAUGGUUAUUUAGGAAUAUAAAGGAAAAAAAAAUGUCAUAAAUUUCUUUGA